CACUAGAUUUGGUAUUUUAAUACAGAAGUCUCAGAAAACUUGGAGAAGAAUGGCAGCUAUUGCAUAAAACUGCAACAGAUCUUGCAACCAAAUGCCACAGCCUUUACAUAUGAUGAGCACUUCGCUGCCUUAUAGACACCAAAAGCAGGGAGAAUGGAACCAAGUGGAGGCAGAGAGAUGAGGGAAAGAAAUACUGAAAGUGCAAGCAGGAACAAGAAGGGGAAUGGGAGGGAGAACGAAGAGAAGAAAAAGUAGGGAAAAGAAGAUCUGGAGGAGAAAUACAUCAUCAAAAUUGGAAGGAGAAAGAAGACAGGAGAAAAGGGAGAAAGGAAGCAGAGGGGUUCUCUGCCCCAGUAACAUGGGGGAUGACAUCAGCUUGAAGUUCCGUCAGCAGCUUCUACUCAUUGAUGAUAACCUGGGGACCGAAGAUGUAGCAGCUUUAAAAUUUCUCUGUAUUGACCUGAUCCCCUUCAAAAAAUUGGAAAGUGUGCAGUCAGCGCUGGACAUUUUUCAGGUUCUUAUGGCUGAAGAGUAUCUGAAUGAGGAAGAUACUUUCCUACUAGCUGAGCUUUUAUACAGAAUUAAAUGUCACUUCUUGCUCAAAAAACUUGGCUAUACCAAGGAGAGAGUGCAAGAAUGUCUACCUGAGAAGGGAAGAGUGUCUUCAUACAGGCAGAUGCUGUAUGAAUUGGCAGAGAACAUUACCAGCGAGAUGCUGAAGGAAAUCAUAUUCCUCCUGAGGGACCAGCUGCCAAAGCGACAGACAACUAUUUCUGCUCUGGAGUUGCUGAUUUUAUUGGAAAAACAGGGCCUUUUAACUGAAAGCAAUGUACAAAUGCUGGAGGAAAUCUGUAUGAGUGUUUCACCCGAUCUCUUGGAAACAGUAAACGGCUAUAAAAGGAAAAAAGUGUCUCUACCUCAGCAAGAGAACACUCUGCCAGUCAAGGAAUCUGCACUACUUCACACUGGAGAUAUCAGACUGUUCACUUCCCCACAGGAGACCUCUAUCAAAUCUGUGAAUUCUAAUAUCAGUGGAAAGCAUUUUACCUCUGACUUCUUUUGCUGUGUAGUUUAUUAUGGUGAAGAGUCUGGGAGCCUAUGGGAGCAUGUUGGGAAUGUGUGUUCCAUACCUACCAGACAAGAUGACAAAGUAGCUAAUGUUAUACAGGGCGUCUCUGAAGUGAACCUGGAGCUGCCUGCAGAGUUCAUCAGUGCAGAAAAUGAAUCCAAGAAGUUGACAAGCUACAAAAUGGAUGGACCACAGAGAGGAUUUUGUCUUGUUAUUAAUAAUGUUAAAUUUGAUGGGGGACUUCGGGAGAGGAAGGGUUCUUGCAAAGACGCCGGGGAACUGGAGCGAGUAUUCACAUGGCUUGGUCUAGAUGUAAGGAUUUACACAGAUCUAACAUCUCAGGAAAUUAAAGACCUCAUGUGGACUUGGCAGCACUUGAAAGAUCACAAAGACAGGGACUGUUUUAUUUGCUGUAUUCUCUCUCAUGGGGAAUCAGGAGCAAUCUAUGGGAAAGAUGGGGAGCUUGUAUCAAUCCGCAUGAUCAUGUCCUACUUCACUGCCAAACAAUGUCCAGCGCUUGCUGAAAAACCCAAGCUCUUCUUUAUUCAGGCAUGUCAAGGCCAAGACAUACAGCGUGCUGUCUAUGUUGAACCCGAUGCACAAAUUCCUGGCAUGUCUUCUACUGAACAGAGAAUUUCUCCUUCUGAAAGUAUUCCUGAAGAAGCUGAUUUCCUCCUAGGCAUGGCCACAAUUGAUGGCUAUGCCUCUUUCAGGCAUGUUCAGCAGGGGGCUUGGUAUAUUCAGGCCCUGUGCAGCAAGCUACAGCUGUUGGUACCCAGGGGUGAAGAUAUUUUGUCCAUUCUUACAGAAGUUAAUGAAGAUGUGAGCAGGCGUGCUGACAGCUUGGGGACGAAGAAGCAGAUGCCCCAACCAGCUUAUACUUUAAGAAGAAAAUGUAUAUUCCCAGUGCCUAGAGACCCUCCUCCCUCACAGCAACACUGAGGCUUUCUGAAUACAUCCUUUCAUGGGCACAUCUCAUUUAAAUGCAGUUCACCACACUACCUGGUUAAGUCAAUUACCCAGACUCCUGAGGACAUUUAGCUUCAAGGCAAGGCCUCACAAAUUUUUGCCAAAGAAAAUGUGAAACCUAAGGAGAUGUAGUCAACACAAUCCAUGUGCCAGCUAUUCAAAUUGUCUGUAUUUUCCGAGUAAUUAGGAUUGGGAUGGCUACUUGCAGAAGUAGGCUUUUUUCAUGUUAAACAUUUUUUGUACUUGUGCAGACUAUAGGCAUGUAAGUAUUUUUGUGUCAGCAUAAGGGUUGCAUGUACCUUUCUGUAUCUAAACCAAAAUGUUAUGAGUCUGGUUUAGGCUCAUCAGUGUUUUAUUUUGCAUGCUAAGAAUUCUAAAUCCUGCCUCUAAAACCACUAACUCUGUGGAAGAGUCUUAUAGAGAGAAAAGACAAAGGUGGGAAUGUAGGAGAGAAAGCUUAAAUAGUAGGUGGAGAAGGAUAUCUUCCAUCUCUAGUUUAAAUUAUUUUUAAUUGUAUGGGGAGUCAGUUAACUAUUGAAAUUAGUAAUUUUUUUCACAAUGCACACUGAUGUCUUCUGACAUCUAUCACGAACCUGAUGUGCAAUGAGAUUCUUUCCAAAAUUGGAAAAAACUGCACUGCAAGAAUGCAGUGUAGUAUUCCUUUUGUGAAACCACCUUGCUAACUAUCAUUUCCUCAGCACUUUUGGGAAGAAAAGUUAAGGUAGAAGGGUUGUUCACUGUGAAACAGAGCACUCAGUAGUGUAUCUGCAUAGGUUUAUCAGAUCGAUUACCUUUGUAAGCAUUAAAUGUUCUGAUAAGUCAAUUCUUGUUUUAAGACCUAAAAUGCAGCCAUAUGGGAGAAAAGGGUCCUUGUUGAUCAAGCUUCUGCUAGAGUGUGUUUGAGUUUAACUGAGAUAAUGUCAUGUGGUUUUGUUAUGAACAUUUGCAUAUACUGUGUGUGUCCGUGUCCUUCAUGUUUGUUACUGCAUUAAAUUUAUACUUCUUUUUAAGAA